CAUUAUACAUACAGGUUCAAGUUCAGUGCACGUCAAUCAAUCAGUCAGUCUAGGAAAAUCAACCAAAGCAAGUGUUCUCUGGAUUUGGAAUCCCUAAAGUAAAAUACACGUUCUGUGUAGUAACCAAAUAACCGACAAUAAGAUAAUCAUCUCAAUAGAAGCAAAUAAAUUUGUCCUUAGCUACCGUUCGAUGGGUCAGUAGUCGGUUGGAUCAAGUUCAACGUAGUUCAGUCAGUCAGUGUGCGGAAGGUAGUCCAAGUAAGCAACAGAUUGCUCCUAUCGUUGUAUUCCGAUGGAUGAGUAGGGCCUGUAGUUGGCAGAGAUGCAGACGUCAAAAUUUGUGAUAAUACUAGCCGUGGUAGUGGUCUGCAUAUUGCAGCAGCUAACCGGAAUAUCGGGAGCAGGUCUCCGUAGCGGCCCACUAAGCUUGUACGAACAACAUCUGUACAAGCGUCAAGCCCGGGAUACAAACGACGAGAAUGCCGGAUUGUACGACCAGAACGAUUCCGUGAUUUCAUUGAAUGCAGGCAACCUAAAGGAGAAAGUGUUCGGGCAGACUCAUUCCUCGCUGGUGGAGUUCUACAAUUCAUACUGUGGCUUUUGUCGACGGUAUGCACCCAUAUGGAAGCAAUUGGCCAGUGACAUUCUCGGCUGGCAGAAACAUGUCAAGGUGACCGCGCUGGAUUGCUCACGAGACGAGAAUAAUGCCAUCUGUCGGGAAUUUGAAGUGAUGGCCUAUCCGACGAUACGGUUCUUUGCACCCUACUACGAAGACGGACCACAGAAGAUCGGUGAACCGGUGACGGCACACGCGGAAGCCGAAGUCAUCAACGCACUGGUUGAGCACAUGCAAAAUGUAACCCUGAAACCAAAACGUUGGCCCGACUUUAGCCCUCUGGAAGAGGAUGCACCAAUGGAAAGCCUGUUCGUUGCGACCGAAGCCAAACCGGACCCUCCCAAGUACGUCUAUCUUAUCAACGAAAAUGAGCCCAACGGAACAACAGUGGGCAGCCAGGUGAUGUUGGAUCUUCUUGACGCUCCGUUAGCCAUGGUAAAACGGACCAGAAAUACGUCCGAACCCAGUGGACUGAAAGUGAUCGUUGGCGAUAGUAUGGCCGAGAUCAAACUACCGGUGGACGAAUUUAGUAGGGCGAAGAUCACCGCUGCUAUUCGUAAGCAUCUCAACGAACAUCAUAUCCGUGUCACGGAAGUGGCAACCAAAUCAACCAACAAAGAUACCGUCACCGAGGACAAUAUUUCCGAUAUUAUGGAGAAAAAGCAGGAGGAAGCGCUGCGACUGAAAAUGAAGGAACUGGGUCCGGCAGUUGUUUACCAAGCCGAUCUAGAAGAAGUGGUCAAAUUUGCCUUGUUUCACGAGGUGACACGAUUCAAGAAAAUCAACGGAGAACGAUUGCUUGCUUUGCAGAGGUUCAUGAAUGUUCUGGUCCGCUAUUUUCCGUUCAACGAAAAUGGAAUGAAGUUCCUGAAGGAAGUCAGACAGUACGUGUUGAAUGCGGAGGAUGAAGUGGAUGCCGAAGAUUAUGCUGAGCAGAUCAAGAAACUGGAGCAGAAUCGUAGUCCCAUUUUCUCAUCCAACCGAUGGAUGGGUUGCUCGAGCACGAAAGAUGGCCUGCGCCGGUAUCCCUGUGGUUUAUGGACACUCUUCCAUUACAUGACCGUACAGGCAGCUGAGUCGGAAAUAUCCACGGAUCCGCUGGAAAUUCUGCAAGCCAUGCACGGCUACAUCAAAUAUUUCUUCGGAUGUUCCGACUGUUCCAAUCACUUUCAGCAGAUGGCCGCUCGUAACAAAAUCUGGAAUGUAACCAGCAAAGAUGAUGCCAUUCUGUGGCUUUGGUCGAGUCACAACGAAGUCAAUCGACGUCUAGCGGGUGACGCCACCGAGGACCCAGAUCAUCCCAAAAUUCAGUUCCCUUCAGUAGCGGUAUGCCCGGACUGUCGGAAACAGAAGCUCACCAAUCAUCAUAACCACCGGCAGUACACCCUGGACGAUGAACAUGAAUGGAAUCUGCUGGAAGUGUCAAAUUUUUUGAAACGCCUAUACUCAUACGAUAACCGGAACGAACUGGGCCUGUGGGAUGCGAAUCUCCUUCCUCAGCCAGCCGCACGCGGUGGCGAUGGAGGCGAUAGCUAUCACUCUAACCGUAGCUUCGGCAAUGUCCUGAAUGAGAUGGACAUCAGGAUGGGUGCACUGUUGUACGUUGCCUGCAUCGUGAUGCUGCUAAUUGCCGUGAAAAUGGUAGUUAAGCGGGGAUACCGGAAAAAGAUGUACGCCCACGAUAUACUGGGGAAAGUGUAAGAAAUAAAAAAAAAACCGAAUCCUAAGCCUUACACUGACUUAGCCAACAAUCUACAUUCUUCCUACUUCUUCUGUACAUUCAUCAAGCUUAGCCUAGUAAGUAAGCUACAUCAUUUCAAUCAGGUCGUAAAUUCCUAGUCCAAGAAGUUGCUUCUCCCGCCCCUCGGGUGUAUAAUCAUUUCUUUUAGUCCUAUUUAACUAAGAACAUUGCUUGUACUCGGGAACGACAUGAGCACUUUUGUGAUCUAUUGAAAAUAAAUAAAACUGAUUUAUUGAAACGCCAA